AAGAGAGAUCACACUCUUUGUGGGUUACAGAAGAGAGAUCAUACUCUUUGUGGGUUACAGAAGAGAGAUCACACUCUUUGUGGGUUACAGAAGAGAGAUCACACUCUUUGUGGGUUACAGAAGAGAGAUCACACUCUUUGUGGGUUACAGAAGAGAGAUCACACUCUUUGUGGGUUACAGAAGAGAGAUGAAACUCUUUGUGAGUUACACAAGAGAGAUCACACUCUUUGUGAGUUACACAAGAGAGAUCACACUCUUUGUGGGUUACAGAAGAGAGAUCACACUUUUUGUGAGUUACAUAAAAGAGAUAAAAAUCUGGUUGUGUCUUUCUACUUCUUUCAAUGA